AUGGUGAAGGCCGAAGGACCGCCGCUCAGAGCCCCGCAAAGGAGCGGGAAGAAGGAUCGGCAAUGGCAAUAUGGGAUCUGGCUGGGGGGCACAGCGUUCAGCGUCUUGUUUGCCUGUGCAGCAGUUCUGGUCAGUCCAGAGCAAGGUCUGCUGGAGACGCUGGUGAAUGACCAAAGCGUCAUCGACCACGUGAACCUCAACGCGCGGACCUGGAGCGCCGGCGCAGCGCGCUUUUUCGAGGGCUGGAGAAUCGGUGACAUGCAGCGGUUGGGAGGGAUCAGUGUCUCCCAAGCGAGUGGCAUCCCAGACUGCAUGCUGCCGGCGUCCGUGGAGUUGCCAACGGACUUCGACUCUCGGAAAAAGUGGCCAGCUUGUUUCGGGACGAAUGUUUACGACAUGGGCAACUGCUCCGCCAGCUGGGCCAUCGCCGCGGCCGGUGCCAUGAGCAAGAGGUUCUGCAUCGCAAGCCCCAAGGACUACGGCGGGUUGAGGCUGUCGCCGCAGCAACUCCUGUCGUGUGAGCCACUCGGCAGAGGCUGCAGGGGUGGCACCCUGGAUACUGUCUUCGGCUACCUGAAGAGGGAGGGGCUGGUCUCCGAGCUUUGCCUUCCCUACCAGGCCGAUGAUUCCGUCGCCUGCUCCUUGUGUGAGGAACGAAAGCGCCUUGCGUCGGUCUGCAGAGUGGCCAACCUACGUCAGGAGAUCCUUCUCAACGGGCCCGUGGUUGCACCGGUCCUCCUCCUGAACGACUUCCUGGUCUAUAGGUCCGGCAUCUACCAGGAGACGCGGACGGCCUCUCCACUCGUGGAUCGAGAUCGCCAGCGCCAACUCCAGGCUGUCACGGUCCUAGGUUGGGGCGUCACCGAGGCUUCGGUCGAGUACUGGAUUAUCGAGAAUGCUUGGGGCCAGGACUGGGGUGAGGAGGGCUACGCGAAGAUUGCUGUCGGCGACGUGUCCAAGAAGAGGGGUAUCCUCCUCGAGGAGUUUGUCUUCGCCGGCACGCCCUUGAACCCCAAGGAUGCCCUGAGCAGAGAUGGCAAUUUUUCGAUCAGAGCAGACUGGGCCUGUCCGAGUCUGGCACGCCUUUGCCAGCAAGAGAACGGCGCCAACGGCGUUGCCAUCACCUCGCCGCCCGCCAUGCCUCGAUGGGAAGCCGUUUGCCUCCCCGGCACACGACGCCGUGCUGGCGACCGUGCUGGCGACCGUGCUGGCUUGCUGGCCGGUGGUGCUUUGAUUCCCGUGGAAGCUCGGCCAAAGGGCUUGCUUUCUGCUCGGCACUUCAAUCGGGAUGCUCUGCUCCGCAAAGAGGUGGGGGAGCCUCUGCUUUUGCCACACCACUGCCGCCGCAUCACGUUCCGGCGGCCACUGGAGAAACCUCAGGUCUUCACGGAGGCGCAGAAGUUCGAGCACUUCGAGCCCGAGCCUGUGGUGGAAGGAACCUCUGCUGCAGCCGUGCCAGAAGUGGCGGACCAGGAGCUCGACGGGAGCCCUCUGCCAGUGCCAGUGGCCACCUUUUCGGCCUCCGCAGGGCCCACGGAUCUCGUGGCCUCGAGACUCCGGAGGCGUGUGCUGCAGAGCGGAAGCAGGCGAACCUGGCCGCGAGUUAGGCUGCCAGUGACCACAGAAGCGAUGCGGCGAUUCGGCGAUGAGUGGCCAGAGGCCCUGGCACGUUGCAUUGCCAAGCUGCGGCCGGAGGCCCCGGCUAAGCCGGUGGAAGUGGUGGCUGUGAGGCCGCUCGAGAUGGAGCUUUUGGACCUGGCGGAAGGAGGGCGCGACUGGACGCCUUCAAUGAAUGGGUCAUUGAGUGCGCCUCCUCGAGGGAGGCCUGUGGUGGAUUCUCGUGCCAGUUUCCGCAACUGGCAAGAUGACAGGCGACAAGCCAACUGGGAUGAUGACUCAUGGAGCGCUUGGUCCUGGGACUCCUCAGGAUCAAACUGGGACGUGGACCCCUGGUCCGACUACUUGGAUCGGCGCCGACCACAAUGGCGCCGUGAACAGCGCUAUGAGAACUGGUGGGCGGAGGAAGAUGACGAUGGUCUUCCUGUGUCCACGCCUCCGGGAUCUGCCGUCCCGAUGCUCAGCCGCUGCAGGUGGCAGCGCCUUCUCUUCUUUCCCGAUUACCCGAUCAGCCGCAAGAACCUCGUGGAGCAGGAGCAGUACGACCAGAUCUGCACCUUCGUCCUGGCGAUCAGCCGCAAGAACAUCGUGGAGCGGAGCCAGUACGGCACCGUUCUGAGGGUCUUGAUGGUCAUGGUCGUGGGUCUUCUAUGGCUACGGCGAGUAGAGCCGGGGACACAGGUGGCAGUGGCGGCUAUCUUCGUUUGCAUAGCGUCCGAGGGAGCGAACUUGCCAGCUUCAGUUCGCGGGGCCAGGCUUAUGCAGUCCAUGAAAGAGCGUGCGGCGAAGAUCGUGGCGCACCUGACCGUGGAGGAUGUGGCAUCUGACACAGGUGUCCAGCGGAUCAAGGCCGAGAUGGAGAAGUCGCCCAUUAUCCGCCUCUUGGAGCACAAGGAGGUGGAUAAGAAGCGCAAGAAGUUCAUGCGGCUUUCGAGGUACCCUCGAGAGUCCCUGGAGUCCUUCAUCAACCGCGCGUCGAUCUACCGCCACGAGAAUGACCAGUGCCAGAACUACCGAGUCGGCUCGAAGUUUUACCUGGGCCACCUUUUGGAUGCGGCGAAGCUGACAAGCAAGGACGAGGCAUUGGUGAAGACGGCGGCGGGUGGAUUGCACGACGAGAACAAGGUGGUAAAUGCCAUGUUGGAGCUAUCCGAGCAACUGGAGGGUAUGAGCGGGUACCCGAUAGGACGGGGCGAGCCCAACAUGCAUGAUGAGGACGAGUACCUGGUGCAAAAGAGCCGCGACAAGGAGAAAGAGGAGCCGAGCCGACCAAGGACUUCCUCUCGAGGUGAUCGUGGCCGAGAUGGCAAGUUCCGGUGCGGCUACCGCGUGCCGCGGAAGUGGAAGCAAGUUUUUCAUGCAACUUUGGAGGACGAUGAUGAUGAUGACGGUUCGAGCCAGCCGUCCUCCCCUUCUUCUGCAGAUGACGAAGGCCAUGCUGAAAGCGGUGGCGACCAGCCGGAGCGCGAUGAUGAAGUUUCCUUUGAAUCCUCUGGGAUGCCGGCCGAGGUCUAUGCCCAGGAGUACAAGGCCAAGAAGAGGGUUAAUGAAAUUCGUCAGAUGAGGCAGUUCUUUCAGAAGGGCACGAAUCCCGAAAAGACCAAGGCCUGGGUCAAAGAACAGCAGAAGAAGGAACCGUGUUUUCUUUGUGGACGUUUAGGGCACUGGAGCCAAGAGUGCCCCACUAAGUCCCGAAGCUCGGGCAAGCAACCGCACUCGGUCAAUGCGGUGGCCGGGAGUUUCAGCGAUGACCGCCGACAGUGGGAUCUGCUCGAGUCCAUGCCCCUCUGCACCUACCAGUCCACGGUUGUAGAUCAUGCUUCGUGGAUUGGGCCGCUGGAUGAAGGCGGUCAAGGAGAGAGAGAGAGUUUUCGUUUUGGGGGCGGCCAUGAACUUUGUAGUGAGUUUGCCUUCAUCUUUGAAGCGACCAUCAUGGGAGUGCGGGUGUUGCUUCGCAUCAGUGUGGUUCCCGGCGAUUGUCCUCCUCUGCUUUCCAAGCCUGCGUGCACUCAGCUGGGAUUGAUCAUAGAUUCUACCGAGAACCAUACUGUUUCAUCGCGCAAGCUUAAGGUGUCCAAGUACGGUCUUACACAGACUUAUGGUGGUCACUAUGCUCUCCCCAUUGCUGAGUUCACUACAGAUAUGCCCCCGAUGCACGAGCCUAAUCUCCCGGAGUACGUUGAGGCGAUCCCGGUGUAUGGCAGGAGUGAAGCUAAGCCUACUGUGAUGCCACCCGGGCCUGCGCCAGCUAACCCCUCGAGCUACACCCUGAGAUCGUGGGCCCGUCAUGACCGAGGGGUGGCGAACACCGUGGGCCCUGGGAACCGAGGACCUCCGUGGAAACAAGUUGUGCAUCGAACUGUGUAUGAUACCAACACUGGGGCCAAGAUUCUUGAUGAGGCUGUGGGUGAGAACACCAAGGUGAGACAACCUUUGCAGUGCGUUAGCGACACGACUACCAUUUUCAUGUUCCGGACGCCCGGCUCCCCCAGCAAUUCGGAAAGUUUUUCGAUGAAUGCCCUCCCGUCUUCCUCGUCACGCCCAGCUUUGACUCAUGGUGAUUCGGCGCAAGGACGAUGGACCAGCGAAGGCCACCGAGCACCACCGGAUGAAUUCGGAGGAAUCGGACGGCGACUUUGCGGAGGCACUCAAGGGGAGCUUCUCAGACUGGUCCCGAGUCGAAGCGGAGCAAACCGACGACAAGAAGGAGGCCGCCCGGCGCCCGAAGCCGAUCAUCAAGUCGAGCUUUGCCGAUCGGACGAGACGACAGCGCUCACUGUCGGCGGAGAAGGCAAGGGCUACUCUGACUCCCGAACGUCGUCGGAAGCGCGCGCCAUCGCGAGCGAAAAGCCCCGCAGCUCGCCCAUCGGACCGCAGGGGAAGCACAUCCUCGGAGGCGCCACCCCCGCGAUGAGCACCAUCGCCAGCUUGAAGGCCCAGGUGGAGGAGCUCGAGUCAGCUCGAGGAGCAGAUUUGGCCUCACAUGGAUCCGACCUCUAUCGUGACGGAGCUGGGCUUCUGCAAGAAAAAGCGCCCCUGCCGAUGGAGGAGGAUGCGGACAAGCCGAUCACGGAUGGCGCCAACCACUACAAAAGGAGAAGCCGGUCACUUCUAGGACGCCUUCAGCGAGGACACCCCGGACCAAGAUCGAGACCGACAAUCUCCCACCGGUUCUCGGAGUUCUCGGACGACCUCGUGGUGAACGCCAUGAUCUCCAUCCAGAGCCAGCUGUUCGCCUUCAAGUGGAAGGAGUUUGUGUGGAUGGUACGUAUCCGAGCAGCGGUGCGUGCGGAGAUGGGCGACAAGGCCAAAUCAAGGCGCAACCCGAGGUGGCUCAUGGGUCUCUUCGGCAAGCAACUGGCCUCUCUCUGGGGCCAUCUGGGAGCAGCGAGGGCGCGCUGGACGGAGGCAUGCUCCGAAAAUGGCUGGCAAUUCCCGGGUCCCAUCUGGGACAAGAGGACUGCUCCCGACUGGAAGCAAGCUAAGUGGAUCUGUGCCCAGGUUCAGCAGACCGCCCCCGAUGUCCUGAUCAUUACGCCUCCUGUAGGGCCCCGGUCGACUUGGAGCCGAGGCAGCUCCAAGGAGAUAGCCAAGGCCAAAGCGGAAUACUGGCCAAUGUGGCAGAUGAUCUGGGAGCUGUGGCACCAUCAACAUGCGCGGGGAGGCCUAGUGCUACUUCAGUGGGGUGGCAACGUGGCGCCACCACACGGAGAAGAACUUCGCAGCCUGUGUACGCAGUUCAUGUUGGAGCACCCAAUGUACAAGGAGGCCGUCCUCAAGGCCCCCAUGAUCGAUGCGUACCGUAUUGCGGUGAACGACCCCUGGUGGUGCUCGCAACUAGGGACGGCCACGGGCGAGGAUGGACUGGAACUUCCCCGUCACGAACGAGCUCUAUGUUGGCCCCACGGAUGGUUGAAGAGGCUCUUGGCGUCGGUGUCUGAAGCGCUGCGACUAAGGUCGUGCCGGGAGAAUGGGAUUGCCCCUCUCGAACUACACGAGCAAGCUCCGGCACAAAUGGUUUGGGAGACCAUCCCCGUGGAAGUCGAGAACUCCCCGGAGGCCAUGCUCCGCCACAAGCUCGGCAAGGUCACCGGCGACAUGUCAAGGCAAUUGCGGUCCACCCUCGCUCGCUUGCACGUCAGUUUGGGCCAUGUGUCGGCCGAGAAGCUGAAGCGCAUGUUGCACUUGAGCGGGGCUAAGGAUCACAUUCUGGGAGCUGUGUCAGAGCUAAGGUGCCAAAUUUGUCAGGCGGUCGCCAGCCCCGCUCGAGCACCCAAGGCAGCCUUUGAGCGGCCACAGAGGUUCAACGAGCGAGUGGUGGCAGAUGUGUUCUUCUUGUGGGACGCGGACCAGACAAAGUAUGCGGCCAUCCAUGCGGUGGACGCUUUCUCCUUGUACCAGGUGGCGUCCUUGAUGCCGACGGCCAAGUCUGACCUCGUGGCCCACUUCUUGAAGAACGACUACUGGUUGGGAAUUUUUGGACCGCCAGAGGUGCUGAUGACCGACGCCGGGAGCGAGUUCGCGUCGCACACCGAGGCCUUGCUACAAGCCUUCGAUGUGCAUCAUGAGAUGGUGCCCCCGGCGGCGAAGUGGAGAAUGGGAUUGGCCGAGAGGCACGGUGCCGCGCUGAAGCUCCUGGCAAUGAAGACGAUCAAGGCGGUGACGGCCCGGGGGUACAGCGAGACCAAGGAGUGUCUUGUGGCGGCGACAGCUGCCAGGAACAGGCAAGUGCGAGUUGCCGGGUUCUCCCCGGUACAGAUCGUGCUGGGACGAGAUGUGGCCAUCCCGUCUUCCUUGUUGGCCCAGCUCGAAUCAGGUCACUUCCGCUAUGUCGUGAACCAAGACCUCACGUUCACGGAGGCCCGGCGGCGCAACGAGCAGAUCAGACAAGCUGCCGAGCAGGCCUUCUUAUGGGCGGAUGGCAAUGAGACGCUUCGGAAGGCUCUGAACUCACGCACCCGGCACCCCCGCAUGGAGAUGCUCUACGAGGGCGCUUUGGUCUACUACUACGAUCCACCCGGAAGUCGCAAAGGACUCCCGAAGCGGCUUCAAGACCAAGUCUCAUGGACAGGACCGGGAGUUGUGGUGGCCGUGGAGCGCCGAGGCGGCGCCAUCAAGCGGGUGUGGAUCAGAUAUCGCCGCACUAAGCUCCGCGGUGUUCCUUUGGAGUAUGUGCGUUUGGCCGCCCUGGAGGAGGUCGAAAGUACGACAGUUUGUCAAGAGGCUUUUCAAGAAGUAGAGAAGGAGCUUGACGGAGGCCGCCCCGACGUGGAAGAGAUGAUCGACGAGCAGGUGGAGGAGCCCACCGACCCCUUGCUGGAGUUCAGCGGUGACGAGGAGCAGGACGUGGAGCCGGAACUUCCACGUACGGCACUCAGUGGUCCGGGCUCUGUUCUGGACCAUCUACCGCUUCAAUUUCACAAGCGGCCACCACCGCCUCCUUCGACUGAAGAUGAUGCGGGCGAAGGUAUCCCUGUUCGUGAUGUUGUUGCUGUUCCUCGACCUCCUGCCGAAGCACAACCCAACAGAAAGAAAGUGCGGUUCGAUGAAGCCGCCAAGGCAACUCAGGAACACCUGAGUCGCAUGAAGGCGGUGCUGGAACCUGGAGCCAGCCAUCGAGGCUAUGGUGUCCUCCACGCAUGCCGCGCGUGGAACUUGGAAGAGGCCACCCGGAGCCAACGCGAGAUGAUUCGAGAAGCGAAAAGGCGAGGCUGGGAAGCUCAUGGAGUUACGGUGGACGCCCUCACGACCGAGAUCCUGGAAGGCAUGAUGGAGAUGGCGGAACCCCCUCGAGAUGUCCUGAACGUCGAUGAGGCGGAGGCGCCGGAAGCCGUGCCCAAGCCGGUCACGGGUAAACCACGGCUAGAGUACAAAUGGAGUCAGCUAGGUGAGGACUGGAAGCAGGCCUUCAUGGAGCCCCUCCGUAAGGCCAUCGACGCCUACACUGACCAUGCUGCGUUGGAGGCGGUUCCGCUGGGAAAGCCUGUGCCACCGGAUAAGAUCCUCCCCUCGCGAUUUGUGCUGACAAAUAAAGGUGCCGAGCUACUGCAGGAUGCCCUCCUCAAGGCGAGAUGGGUGUUGGCGGGACACCGUGACAAAGAGGCUGGCCAGCACGCUACUGAGGGCGAGAAGCUCGAUGACACGCGAGUGGUGUAUGUGAAGCUCCCCAAAGGCUACCCGCCGGAGAUCAACGACCACCUCCUUCGCCGGCUUCAAGGACGUGCAAGUGGAAGCCUACGUCACGACCUCGUCCGACUAGCCAAGGGUGGCUUCGGAUUGGCGGAGUCUCCCAGGCUUUGGUACUUGCGUUUGAAAAGAGGCCUCCUGGAAGUCGGCCUCAAGGAGUUGAAGUUAUCGCCGGGGACGUUUGUUCUACACGCCCACGGCGAGCUCCAAGGCAUCUUGGCGAUCCACGCGAGGGCUUGUGAGUAUGUCCUCGACAACCUCCGGGAAAAGUUCCACUUCGGCGAAUGGAAGCUGGCGACCGAGGAAGUGGUGAAGUUUUGUGGAAGGUCACCCGCAGAUUCCUAUGAGUGCGUCUUUCAGCAAGUCCCAGGAGAUCUAGACCAGCUGGUGUUUUUGGCUGUGAGCGACGCUUCGCAUGGAAGCAUGCCGAAGGGGAGAUCGCAGGGCGGCAUGAUGAUCCUGCUGGCCAAUGAGGAAGUGCUUGAGCGGGAGUCUGUGGUCAAUUGCGUGUUGCACCACAGUUCCGUCCUCAAGCGAGUGGUUCGAUCCAGCUUGGCCGCAGAGAUAUCCCAGGCAGCCGAGACGCUGGAACAGUGCGACUUCAUCCGCACUGUUAUGGCCGAGAUCCUCGACCCAAGCUUCAAGCUGGACCAAUGGCGAUGGAGUGCCGGGCGAUGGAAGCAGAUCCUGGUCUUGGACUCCAAUGCAGGCUACGACAUCCUGAACUCCAUCAGCCAUGGCGAGGACAAGCGCCUCGCCAUUGACAUCGCGAUCUUGAAGGAGGCGCUGUACGAGCCCAUGGCGAACCGUUGGGUCCGUUGGGUUCCUGGGCUGACGAUGCCGUCGGACGGCCUCACCAAGGAAAUGGGGAAUCCCAUGAGAGAUAUCAUCAUGCGUGGAGGCCCCUGGAGUCUGAAGGACAACCCAGCCGCUCAACGCCUCCGUGAAGAAGCUGGCCAUCGCAAACGCCAGUGCCGUGAACGUCAGAGACUCCGCGAGCACGAGUUCGAAGCACGGCGACAAGCACAAGAAGUGCAGGUCAUAUUUUGUAGGGACUGA